GUAAAUCACCCCCUGGAAGUGACGGUGAGUCCACACAGAAAACUUUCAACUGUAAAAGUUUCUGAAGUUUCAGGUGGAUCACAGGCUGCUUAGCCAGACCGCGACUGUCAGAGUCUGAAAUAAGGAUUAGCUGCUCCAGCUGUCGUGCAGUUCUGUGGUUUUGAAAUGCAGCAACACUUUAGCUAAUAGAUGAGUCAAUGUGUGGUUAGACACAGAGUUCUGCGUCUUUGAGGUCGUGGACAAACAAACAGGAAGUAGUUUUCACUGAUAUAUCCUCCAGAUGGUCUCGUUCAGCAUUUCUUUCCACCUCAGUAAUGGAGCUCCUUCUGAUCCUGGCUCUUCUAUCAGGCAUCCAGGCCAAAGACUUCUGGGGUCCACCGAAGGUCACAGGUCGUGAGAGUGAAUCUAAAACUAUAUGCUGUGGCUAUGAUGAAGACUUCACCAGCAAUGAAAAAUACUGGUGCAGAGGGGAACGUUUUUGGUCGUGCACCCCCGUGGUGACAAGUUCCUCCCCGAGAAACGGAAGAACCUCUCUCUCGGACAAGACAAGACAGUUUUGUAUCACCAUAAAAGACCUUACAGUGGAUGAUAGUGGGCCGUAUUGGUGUGCCAUCGACAUCCGGGGAUCCGAUAGACGUGUUCCAGUCUCAAUCACCGUCAAACCAGUGAGGCCAGUGGCCCCAAAACCAGAGAAAAGUACAGAGAACCCCACAAAAAAACCAGCGACGACCAGCCCCUCUGUGGGUCCCAUGGUGACCAGCGCCGAGACUACCGCAGCAACUGGGUCCCCGGUCAGCCCGAAAAACCCAACCAGCUGGAGGGGCACAUUGACCAUCCUGGGCGCCUCCGUGGGCAUUCUGCUCCUCGUCCUGUGUCUAGCCUGCGCCAUCAACCAAGCCUGCAGACAGCGAGCAUGCACAGACAGGCUGGAGAAUAAAAGGGACAGUUUGAAGGAGAGCAGCCUUCCUCCUUCAGACUACUGCUCUUUUGCUGAAGUCCCGGAGAUACUCUACGCGGAGGUAACUGCCGGGAAGAGACGCCAGCCCCAGUGUGACAUCGCCACCUACGACAAUUUGUAUUUUCACACGAUUGCUGAAGACCGAUCACCAGGGGGCAGUGUUGAAUACGCUGCCGUGAAGCGCUGAAGAGGAAUACGUACGUGGAAGAAGAGCGUACAAGAGAAUCUGGAAGAAUCUACUCCAUUUUCUCUCAAAGAUAGACUGAUGUUUUUCAGCCAAAUCUAUACAUAUACAUACAUACAUACAUACAUACAUACAUCUAUACAUAUAACAUAUAUUAUUUCCUGUAUUUAAAAGUGUUGCAAUAUUUCAAAUAUAGCUAUAUUUUUCAUAUUUGUAAAAUAUUUAUUCUGUGCUUGUAGUAUAUAUUCACAGACUGAAUGAAGCCCAAACAAUGUACAAACUUUGUUUUUGCCUUUGUAGAAGGAAGGGCAUGAGCAGAGAAGUCUGAUAUUUAUUUUUAUAUUUUGGCCAGGAUUUAGCUGUGUGCUUCAGAUUCUUUAUAUACAAAACAUACCAUGGUUAUCUGAACCCUGCCUUUGUUCUCCCAGUGUUUUAUUAUCUGUCUCAGAUGUUUGAAAAACUGAAAACCUGUUUAUUUGGUUUCUAUUUUUGAGAAUUUUAUGGUUUCAUGAAAGCUUCCCCGUCUGUUUUAAAAGCAUAUAGCAGCAGACUGAGUGCAGUACUGUAUAGAUUAGACGCUAGUCUAGUAUAGCGGAUAAUCGUUUUCUUUUGCUUUGCCCUUAUUGGUAAAGUCUUACACUUCAUUGCCUGAAGUAUAAAAUGAUGAUGAAUUUAAGUGGACUGGAUAAAUGUAUCCCCACAUUGCUCCAGGGGGGGACUGUCUAUUGCUAAAUUUAAUGAACUGUAAGUCGCUUUGGAUGAAAGCAUCAGCUAAAUGACAUGAAAUGAAAAAAUAUACAAUAUCUGUCCACAGCCA